UCUGCUCUAAUGUACUAUGAUUGAUUACCGCAUCUGGUUACUCCAAUCAUAUUGUGAUGCCCCCUGACAAAUAUUAUGGGCUCUGAGUUUGUUAAAGUUGGUGUCUUGGUAAUUUUCGCCGCAGCUCUUCUGAGUUUUGUACAAUUGCUAAACCAAUUAAUUGCUGGAAAAUUUUCGGUCAUCUGGUGUAACAUGCAAUGAGACAAGAGUUGCGAGUGCAAAAAUCUUUUGCAUUGGUUGUGAUUCUUUCCUGAUUGUCUUCAUUAAAUUACUCAUUGGCUAACUUGGCUGAGGGGCUCUUGGAUAGUGGUCUUGAUAUGCAUCAUAUUAGUGGAAUGGUACUAUACUGCUGCUUUAGUUAUGUAACAAAAUUUAUGGAAGCAAAAAACUUUGGAAGGAACACUAAAACAAAAGAUACCAGCCUGCAAGGGCCCCUGUUUUCUGGAUAUUAUGGUUGAUCUUCAGGUCUACCAGACUGUUAGAAUGAACCUACAUUAGGUUUAGAUUAAGAGUUAAUUCAAUACAUGCAAAUAAGUUUAAGCCAAUUUUUGUGAUUAAUUAUUUUGUGUAACCUGCUAUACUUGUCCCGCAUGGUCUGUUUCCUUUGUUCUAUUAAUUUCUCAGAUAGUUGAUGGAAUAAUUUUUUUCUUUUCUUAUCUUCAAAUUUCCAUCUAUGCCUCUGGGAUUUCAUUUUAAUGGUGGCAUUGAGGUCAUCUUUGCUGGGCUGUCUGCUUUCUACUUCAUGCCAGCAUUUCACUCUUCAAAGCUAUUCUUGGUUCUGUUAGUCGGGUCAGGUCCGUUUAUUUGCAAGGUAUGUAGGGAGGGGAGAGAUGAGCUUUCUCUGUUAAUCCAGUCGGUGGAUGGUCAAGCAUAAAGCAAAAGGUUUUAGAGAGGUUUCUCUAUAUACUAUUGAUGAGGGUUUGAAAAUCUCAAAUUGCAUGUGCUUCAAGCCGCCUUUGGUGAUUCAGUGAUUCUUAAUUGAAACUUCAAAAUUGGUCAACACUUUUUUUUUGUGACGGAGUGCAAUUUGGGGCAACAGAGAACAGCUGAAACUUGUUCAGUACUAGAAUUUGAUUAGCACUGGAACCUUGAACUUUGAACUGCUGAUUCUUGAAGUAAUAGAUCAUGUGCUUACUAAUUAGUGAUUUUGAUUUCAAAUAGCUCGAUGUAUUAUGGAUAAAGAGAGUUUAUAACCAAUUUGUUGCUAAUAUUACAUGUUUUUAUUUGAUUUUAUUAAAAAUAGGACCUGGGCAGGCUCGCGCAAAGCGCAAGGCCCAAAAAACUAGUAAUUAUUAGUAUAUGCAUAUAUAUGUUAGGUUAUGUGAAGGUGUGUUAACGAGUGUCCUAAGAGCACCCAUUAGAAAAACCCAAAAUCAUUUGAACGAGUUUAUAACCAUUGUUUUGCUAAUAUUACAUGCUUUGGUUAACUUUUGAUUUAAGCUGAUUUAAGUAGAUCUUGGGCACUCUUGCGCAUAGCGUAAGGCCCAAAAGAACCAGUAAAGACUAAAAAUGAUAAGUUCGAACUGAAAAAAGGUAAGUUGUAGUGGUUAAAAGAAGUUCCCCCUCUAGUACCAAAUCUUACCAUUUAUUUCAUGAAUCUUACCAUUUAUCCGAUGAAACUUAUCGACUGUUUAGUGAAAUUUACUCAUAAUUGGUUGCUUCCAUCCCUUCCUAAAUCCAUAACAUCAUUUUCAUCAUUUCCUUCCUUCCUCUACAGCUGCCACCACCGCCUCCCAUUCUCCUAGUUCUUCUAAUCACUACUCAAUUAAAUCCAUCUUCUCUGUCUAAAUCCCUCCUAUAUUUGCCUAACCCAGAGCCCUAGAUCGAGCGAGGAAUUUUGCCGGCAAGUGAUUGCAGGUUGUAGGUUUUAGUCUUGCUUUGAAAAACUUGAAGAACUCUUAAAUGGCCGAGGCAGAUGAGGAUUUGAAAUCAAGGAGAACGGUUUUUGUAACAGUCGGGACAACUUGUUUUGAUUCUUUAGUUAGAGCAGUGGAUACUCAGGAAGUUAAGGAAGAACUUUUCAAAAAAGGCUAUGCUCACCUUCUGAUUCAAAUGGGUCGGGGUUCCUACAUUCCUGCAAAGUCUACUGGAGAAAAUGGGUCUCUGGAAGUAGACUGCUUCACAUUUUCAUCAAGCAUCGCUGACUAUCUGAGAUCUGCAUCUCUUGUUAUCAGUCAUGCGGGGUCAGGGAGCAUAUUUGAGACAUUACGUUUACAGAAACCGUUGAUUGUGGUAGUAAAUGAAGAUUUAAUGGACAAUCAUCAAAGUGAGCUGGCAGAAGAACUGGCGGAGAGAAAACACUUAUUUUGUGCUCGCCCCCAAACACUUUACCAAACCGUUGCUGAUAUGGAUUUGGGAUCUCUAAUUCCAUAUCAACCUGGUGAUGCAGCUCCAGUUGCCAAGCUUCUAAACAGUUUUCUAGGUUUUCCAGAUGACUGAGGUGCUGUGGUACCCCUUGCCUAGUUUUAUGUUAAAACUUAAAUGAGGGGGAUUGCUUGAAAUGACUCUUCAAGAUUGGUCCAUCAUUUUGAGUCCACAAUUCCUUGUACUCUGUACUUCAAUUGGGAGCAGAGGUAAGAAAAAUCAAGCUCUUUAAAGUUCAAGUUAACCGAAUGAUAAGGGACGACAAUCCUGUGUGUCAAAAGUAGCACACUUCAACAGCAAAAUCACAACUCUGACUGAUAUUGAUUGAGCAAUUAUGAAUGACUGGUACAACACACUGGAAAGCUUUACUAGGUUGGUGGUGAUAAUAGGGCAUCCAUGUCUGGAAAGAUAAUUUGAACUUCAGACUUGCAAUGUUCACCUAAGUUUGGGCUUUGGCCCUACUUGUAUUCAAUUCAUGCUGGUAUUGUUAAUGUAAUUGUUCCAACACAAUAGGUGUAAUUGCCACAUGAAGUUUGUGACUUUACAGAUGUGACAUUUUUAACUUUUGAAUGUGAAGCCAGUUUGAUGCUUUGAAUGUUAUGUCAGGCAUGAGAUGCUUAGCCCAUGCCAAUGAUGAUUUGUAGCUAA